CUCCAGUGCACCCAGCGAUGAGCUUUAGGGCUGUAGACGCGGUUUUUUCGCGAAAAAACGUGGUUUUGAGCUCCAAUGCAGGGUCGGUUGUGUGAUAGUCGAAGGAACCGCGCUUUUAGCUCGUCUAUGCUGCGUUCUGUGGCCGUUCGCUGGAGAUCUCGUGUGGGACAAGCGCGCAGGGACGGGCCAACACGCCCAAUCACAAAGUUUGACCGGGGUAGGGCAUCUGUGCCCCAGCAAGCCAGAGAAACAGCCGCCGUCGUGAUCUAUGCUGCCCGUCCGCUGGCAGCUGCGCCUACGUCGGGACGCCCCUCUCUUCAGGGCAGAACUCCUUCGACCUCAUUGUCUUAUACACUGCUCUCGCCGCUGCGGGUGGCUUUGCUCCCGAUUGGCAUCACCAAACCCACACCCCACAUUGACUCCAGCACCCAUGGCCCUAGGACUCUGCUCAAGAUAACCACCUCUUCUGCUUGGGACGACAAUUGCGCAUUGCCGGUCCCCACCGCGCAUCCAAGCCACCAGCACGACGGCAGAGCGCAGUCAGACAUCUGAUUCACUGAGCCGUUCAGUAGUCACUUCGACGCCAGCUGUAAGCGCGAAAGCCGCCCCUGUGUCGUGGAACCGCAGAACUUCAACUCAUCGUGUCACCGCUUGUCCCGUCCAUCUGGUCGCAGACAAGAUUGAGGUGCUGGAUGACUACGCAGUGAA